AUGCCGCUCUGUCUCACCUUCAUCGACUUAAAGAAGGCCUUCGACUCAGUUGAGACGGAAGCGGUCGUAGAAGCCUUGAACAACCAAGGCGUCCCUACUCAGUACAUAAAGGUACUUCGAGAGUUGUACAGUAACUUCACGACCGGAUUUUCGCCAUUCUACAAGAACAUCAUCAUUGACGUGAAGAGGGGGGUCCGACAGGGUGAUACAAUCUCACCCAAAAUAUUCACAGCCACCCUCGAGAACGCAAUGCGAAAUUUGGAAUGGGACGACAUGGGAGUGAAGGCUGAUGGUCGACAGCUACACCAUUUGCGCUUUGCUGAUGAAAUCGUUCUGAUAACACCUAACAUCAGCCAAGCGGAACGAAUGCUGACCGAAUUCGACGAAACAUGUGGAUGCAUCGGUCUUCAGCUGAAUCUGCAAAAGACUAUGUUCAUGCGGAACGGAUGGAUCUCGGAUGCCCCAUUCACGCUCAACGGAACGAACAUAUCCGAAUGCACCAGCUAUGUUUAUCUGAGUCGGGAAUUGAACAUGAUGAACGACCUGACCCCCGAGCUGGGCAAGAGGAGAAGAGCGGCUUGGGGAGCGUACAGGAACAUCGAGGAUGUAGUGAAGAAGACCAGGAACAUCCGGCUCCGUGCUCACCUCUUCAACACCACCGUACUUCCUGCUUUGACCUAUGCUUCGGAAACCUGGGCAUUUCGCAAGCAGGAAGAAAACGCGGUGAGCGUCGUUGAACGCGCGAUUGAAAGUGAUGCUAGGAGUAUCCCGUUUCACGCAAAUGAGGGACGGGAUUCGAAGUUCUCUCCUACGUCAGUGAUCGAAGAUAGAGACACCGCCGCGUUUGCCAAGGAAAGUAAAAUAAGGUGA